CACAGGGCUUUGUCUUCAAUUCAAAACAAUGCACUCAAACUAGAGAGUCUAAUAGAAGAAGAUGCUACCAAUUUCAAGCUGGGGAAGUUAAACAAGAAUGUUGGCCUUAGAAGGAAAUUUAAAAGCAACAAAGAAGAAGAUGGAGUGCUGAAUUUGAAGAGAAGAAAGAUGGGUAUGCCAAGUUAUACUAACCCACCGCCGGACUUGCCUGAAAACUUCAAAAAGCAUAUCGUUGGCAAGAUGGGUGGUUCGGAUUGGCUUCUGGUGAUACAAAAGCCCAUCUUUUUCUCUGACGUAAACCCUGGAGCCAGUGGGUUCUCCAUCCCAUUCUCCCAAAUCCAAAGCCAUGAAUUUCUCUACAAAAAGGAGGCAGAGGAUUUGAAUGACAAAAAGGAUAUGCAAGUGCGCUUGUUAGAACCGUCCCUGGAGGAGAUCACCCUAAGCUUUAGGAGGUGGAAUAUGGUAAAAAGUUCAAUGUAUGUUCUGACCACAAGGUGGAAUUCGGUUGUUAAGAAUAAUCAACUCGAGAUUGGUGACGUGGUGCAGCUGUGGUCUUUUCGAGUUGAAUCCUGUCUUUGCUUUGCACUUGUAAAGGUUGAUGAUGUCCAGAAAGGAAGCGAAGAAUGGAAACGGUGCAAGUUCAAGUCAUCAAGAAGAGGGACAUGGUGGUUGUAG